UGAAGCUUUCCAUUCAAGUUUUGGCCUCCGUUGGGUUCACUAGGUAGAAAGAGCGGUCCCUACGAAUGUGCUAGUCGUCCAUGCCACUCGGAUUAAAUACAUUCUCACUUCGUCGAUGGUUUUUGGUGUCGCUCUACGUUUAGGAACGUGAACAUUGCUAGCAGACGACAGGUCUGCAUCUGUCUUCUGGAUUUGCAGAGUGAAAGUCAACAGUUCUUGUGUGUAGAUACUUCUGAGUAAAUUAUGGAUACAAGGUGGCUCCGCUGUGCAGUGCUUUUACUAGGACUUAUCUGCAGUUGCCAAUGCCAAGAAGAAGGUACCACAGCACCAAGUUUGCGAGCCAAUGGCGAGGUUACAACAACAUUAGGACUUGAAGCAUCAACAGUACCAGACGAGCCAACAUCUUCCUUACCCCACGAAACGACGAGACUGGUAACGAACCUUGACGAAAGCCUAACCUCAACAGCAGCGUCCGAGCAAGACGUCAGUGUUGAUAAAAACCCUGACACUACGCUCGCACCUUCUGACAGCCCUGUUGUCGAUACAACCACGAGUUCCUCUGACACAACCACUUCAGCUUUGGGGACAUCCUCAACUGUCGGAGUGGCUACCACAGCCGCACCAGAAGAUACCACACACUUCACAACACCCGGCUCAGCAGGCGGCAUUGAUACCUCAACUACUUCAAAUGAACCUUCUUUCGUAACGGGUGCUGUUCAAGAGCAGACCAGCGCAGAUGUUUCGCAUGAACCCACAGUAACUACGGAUGACGGGCUCUACUCGACAUCUGUACCGAAUUUGCCUCCAAAUGCGCUACCAGAGCUUCAGACUACGGUAUCACCUGACAUUUCCCAGCAGCCAACAACGCCCCAAGAGACAACUUCUUCUCUUUACGUGACUAGCUCUGAGAACGUUGCCAGCGACACAAGAGGAGCUGAUCCGGUUGAAACGUCAUCUGCUGGGUCUGUCACUAUUGAACCCGCAAAGAAGGAUGACGAGAGUGUUACAACGUCGGUUGCUGAGAAGACCACGGAAGCACCGCAAGACGUGUCAAGAGUUGUGGCUGCGACCACAACCGAAGUACAAUCCUCUCCCGAGGCAACAACAGCACCCAGCAUUGCGGAGGAGGGUGAUCCACCAACUGAAGGCAGAACCACGACCGUUGGAGCAGAGGUUGGCACUGCCACCGCGAACCCGACCACCGCCUCACCUACUGGGGGCAGCGAAGGUAACCCGACCGUCACAACGAAUGUCGCAGAAAACAUACAAUCUUCUACGGAAACCAGUGCGGCUUUCCCCACAACAGAUGUCGCACAGACGGCAGAUGAGACUGAUGUACUCCACUUAACCACACCAAGUAGCAAAAAUGAUACUACAACGACUCAGUCGUCAGAAGAAGGCAGGGAAGGUCGUGGAGAUGUAGCAGCUACUCCUGUGUCAGAUCGCGAAGUUUCAACGCCUGCUGAAGACGCUGUGACUGAAAAUAGCGAGGGCACGACUGUUAAUCCUUCGGCAGAAGAGACCACGCUCCCCACCACUACCUCUUCAGCGACAACAGCUCAACAGAUCUCCGUUGUUCCCAAUACUACCGUUAUCACUAGUCACGCUGAAGGCACUGUUCAACCAACUGAGGCAGAGACUGUUACGACUACAGAGAGCGUGCAGCACACAACUGCCAGCCAAGUCGAAAACGAACAGUCAUCUACCGAUGUCUCUGCGACGACGACGCUAAGCUCUAGUAGCACUGUGUCGAUCGGCGUGGAACUUCUACCUGGUGACACAGUACCCACGACAACGGAGGGUACGCCGGAAGUCACGACACCAGUGUCUUCUGAGAACACCAUAGCGAGCGAACUAGUGAAGCCAACUAGCAUACACCCGCUACCAACAACCGUAGAAAAAGUCACUGAGUAUACCACUGAUGCCGAAGGCCAUACUGUGGCUGAAGGCAGCGUUACAACGCUUCCUUCAGUACCAGUUGAUUUCACUGUCCCUGACGUAACGACCACAAAUGAGAUCGACGCCAGCACGACUACUGGUACAACACAAGCAGUUCAGUCAGAACCCAUAGGAACGACAACUACCGUUCCUGUCGACAGUGCCCCCAACGAUCCUGAGGUCACUACGGGCGAAGGCGUCACAUCUACAACAGUGGAUAUGACAACACCCGCUUUGGUCUUAGGUACUGAGGCAGCCGUAGCUGCGACUCCUUCAACGGAAAGUUCUGAGCUGACAACAGCGUCUGCGACUGUGGAAGACGGUACUUCCACACCUCCUAGUGAGACAACCAUUUCAGAUCUUACAACUUCAGGAGGGACGACAGUCGUCAUGGGAGGACCUUCUGGCGAUACAACAACGACGAAUGUCAUCACUGAACCUAGUUUACAGAGCACUACAGUCUAUGCCAGUCCAGAUGAAACAACUUGGGUCCCAACAGGUCCUGUGGAUCAGACAACUACUGAAGGUGGCGUUACUCCUGUCAUCGCUCAGGAGACUACCACGCCACGGGAUGAAGUAAUACUUCCUAUUGCGACAACGGAAACUACAGCUGACGAAAACGACACGUCCAUCAACGUGAUCGUUGGCAGUAGAAAUCCGAAACAUUUCUCAGUUGGAGAGACAACAGUCCCCGUAUCUCCAGACACGGCUGAGUCGACCACGACCGUGCAUGCGCUAUCCACGCCUGUGGCACCCCAGGACGUCACGGAGACGACGAAUUCACAUCCAACUACUCACUUACGCUCCUGGUUCCUGAAUUACACAUCGAGUGUUAAUGACGAAGAGACGACUGCGCCAACCGCUGAGGACAUAGCGACGCAAGAGGAUAACGAAGUGCCCGACUUGCUCAGCACUCUGUUCCCGGAGCUGUACGGUAUCAGCUCAGCAGCUGCGACAAUCCUUGCUGCGCAUGAUACAGAAGAGACUACCACAACAGAUGAGCCAAGUUCCACGGAGCCAGCCGCAUCUACUGAUCAGCCCACAGCCGAUUCAUGCGAUUACCGGGAAGACCUGACUGUGUCGUGCCUUCUACCAGAAGAACUCAACAACACCGUAACGGUAGAAUUUUCUACGUGGAACCACACUCAAGCAGAGGCCUUCCGGACAGUAGUCACAGAGCGCCUAUCGGAAUACUGCAUGAGAGUUGGAAUUCCGCUGGUAGAGCCCAGAGUUGUCUUCAUCAAGAGCGACCACGGGAUGGACAUGCUCUCUUUCUUCGUUGUGAACCAAACGCGAGGGUCCGUUGUUCCAAGUCGAAUCUUGCUGCCAUUCCUUAAUGAAACCAGGCCUACGUUGGAGGAUGCGGUUAAGCUGAGCAUAAGCAACGCCUUCUACGGCUUGCCGUUGGUGAAGGAGCACGACGAAGCCUUGGCGAGGGCUGGGAUAGCGCUGAACCUUAUCUACAUCAUCAUAGCCGCGUGCUGUACAGCGCUCGUCAUCCUCAUUGUGUGCAUCUUGACGCUUGUCAAGUGUCGUAGUACAUCGCACAAGUACUCGCCAGACUCUGAGAAGUUGAGCAAAGACAUGGCCCUCAGAGCCGAGAUUGGUGACUUGCGUCCGAGCAGUGAAAUCUUGAAAGAGGAAGCUCAAAUGAAGGACACGGCAGCCGCUAUCAACGGGAAUGGAACACACCUUACGAAAGAGAACGACGGAUGGGUUGUGCCUUUUGGUCAGGUGCCUGUGGAAACGAAGAACGGUCCAGACAACCAGGACACAAAGUUGUAGCCAAUUCCCCUUUAAUAUUUCUUUCUACCAGGGACCAAAAUGCGAUAGGAAUACUGACUCGCCUUGUCGUCGGACUCAUUGUGAAUGCAUGUCGCGUAUGUGUCUACAACGUGCACCACAAUUGUGUUGGUGAAAACAAGCUGCAUCGUAGCCAUCACAGUUGAUCUGUAUGUGUUUGGUGAGUUCAGCAUCUGUUGUUGCUGCACCAUAGAUAUUCCUUGGUAAAACUUGUUGUGAUUAGUUGAGUCAUACUCUAACAAAGCCUCUUAAAAGAAAACGUCCCAUGCCAACGAGGACAGUUCCACACAUAAUGUAGAGGAAUACAUCUGAUUGUAUUCCUCUGUUCAGCAUAGUUACAUAUAUUUCGCUCACAUUGAGUUUUCAGCGUCUUCAACGUGCACUCGACUCGUGCUGUACAGAUCAAUAACGCGAGAUGCACAUUGAAGUACCGUUUGUACUGGUACCGCGGACAUUAAGUUAGCGUUUUAUUCGCAUGCUGACACAGUAUCAGUGCAGUACCUCGCAGAUACCUGUCAGGCAGAAAAAAACGUUUAGGUUCGAAGAAUUCCUACAUGCGCUUAAAUGUCAGAAGUUAUGAAGUAAGGUAAUGACAGGACCAAACAAAAUGGGAAUUUGUAAAUUCAUUUUGUAUGUGCUACAUAGCAUGUAGUCUGCAAAACAUCCUUCUUUAUGUAACAUCCGAUCGUAUGCCCCCGAUAUGUUUAUGCACCUUGAUGGCCUUCUACCCAAUGACUCUGAGGCAAGAAAUGUUGGUUAAGAACCGGACUCAGUAGCUCCUCAAAUCGCAAGAGGUAACGUCCAAAGAUCUGGACUUCGUUGACGAUAGCAUAUAUUGUAAUGCAAUUGAGGCUUCCACUUGACAGCAACGCCAUGGAACCUUGAAUUUAAAAAAACACAUAUUAGCAUAUGUGAACCAUACAUUUGGCAGCUCUCAUGUGGAUUACAGUUGGCAAAAAAAAACAAAAAAAAAAAAACAAGCACCAUGCAUCCGUCCUGGCUAUAUGUACCUUGAACAAUAAGGGUUAUGAUGGCAUAUAUUUUCUAGCCUUCGAGACAAUAAUCCAGGUUACUGAUGACAACUACACAUUGAUUUAUACACCACGUGGGCUUCCUCAGCGUGCUUUCGUUCACUAUGCCCGCGCCAUUUGUCGAACGCUAACUUAUUUGUAACGUUCUUCAAAGUAUGUCCACUUUGGCCUUAUUCAUUAUGGCAACGAGCGCUGCAAUAAUAAGAAGGAACUACGAAGGGAUUCUAACCUGUAACCUCAUAGUGGCCUACUAUAGUGACCUGGGAGCUAACGAAACGAUGUAGCUUUAAUCGUUCAGAACAAUCUUUCCUUGGAAGUCGAUGUCCCUUUGUCUUGCUAGUGUAGUGAAGAGCGUAUGGUCUCAUGGCACGACAUGUGUCAAACCGCCUUUGAUUUUUCGGAUGCUCACAAUCAUGUAUUAAUACGAUCUGCUAUUGGAGCGAGCAACAGGGUGUAACAAAUGCGAGCAGCAUGUGCUGUGACCAGUGUACGAUACAGGUUCUUCGUAGAGAUGACGGCUAUGCAAUAGAGACUACAUCACUGGCAAUGAAGUAAACACUACCAGCCAGUGAUUUUCCCUUGUACAUAAAGUUUAUUUUGGAAGAUAACGUAGUAUUUUUGGAAGAGUGCUUUGGACGCUGUACAUUGUGAUGAAUGUUAUCUAAGUUAUAAAUAAAGCGCCAUACAACGAA